UAUAAUGGUCGCUGGUCGACAUCGACAAUUUUCACUAAAAUUAAAAAAAAAUUGGUGUCAUUUUGGAAUUGUAGGUAACGCUACUGUUGAAAAUCGCUAAAAAUCUCCAAAUAAGUCCUAAAAUCUAACAUAGUAUUUCUUACUGUUUCAAACCAAUAAUAUCUAUAUCUACAAUUUAGUAUUAAGGAAGUACAAAAUUGUGUAAAAAAUGGCUUUAAGAAUGUUGUUAUAGAGAAAUUGCUCAAGCGAGUCACAAUUUGAUUUUGGAGUGAAAAGUUGGUAAAAGAUUGAUAAAUGUGUGACCGUUAUCCUGGAUACCUGUUUGGCGGGACCCCAGUUAGCAGCUGGGACAGAAGCUUUAAUCCAUUAGAAAAUCAAAUCCAACACCAGUACCGCGGACGGUUCAACCCGGGCGUGCGCUGCUGGGGCAGUAUGUCAGAAGGCGGCGGGAUUUCGUCCGCUGACGGCGACUCCAGCCGGACGAACCUCAUCGUCAACUACCUGCCGCAGACCAUGACGGAGAAGGACCUGUACGCCAUGUUCAUGACAAUAGGCCCCAUAGAGAGCUGCAGGGUUAUGAAGGAUUUCAAGACUGGUUACAGUUACGGCUUCGGUUUUGUUAACUUCUCGAGAGAGGAGGACGCGUCCAGGGCGAUUGACACCUUCAACGGAUACCAGCUCAGAAAUAAGCGAUUAAAGGUCUCUUAUGCACGUCCCUCCGGCGAAGACAUAAAGGAGACGAACCUUUACGUCACGAAUCUGCCGCGCGCCAUCACUGAGGAGCAGUUGGAGACAAUAUUCGGCAAGUACGGACGGAUAGUGCAGAAACACAUACUGAGGGAUAAGAAUAAUGGCAACCCCAGGGGAGUGGCCUUUGUUAGAUUCGAUAAGCGUGAAGAGGCGCAGGAAGCAAUAGCGGCGCUAAACAACGUCAUACCGGAGGGCGGUACGGAGCCGCUGUGUGUCAAGAUAGCAGAAGAACACGGCAAGCAGAAAGCGGCCUACUACGCGGGAUGGGCGGCGGGCUUCCACCACAACAGAGGGGACUUCACGUGGAACAGCGGAUCCUGCGUGAUGCCGGACUCUUGGGACGGAUUCCCCAACCCUCCGAUGCCGGUGAGCCAUCCGAACACGCCGAGGAACGGGUUCAAGCCGGGCGCGUUCCCCAACAACCGGAUGGGUUUCCCCCCUGGAAAGGUCACCCCUAGGUCUGGUCGUGGCAGGAACUUCCCCUGGGGUCAGGGUUACGGAGGUGAGGAGAGGUUCAAGGGACCCAGGAGUAGGAACGUUCCAGCUCCUUAUUGGUAAAAUAGAAUACUAUAUCCCUCUAACUUCCAACCUUUAAACUUCCAACCGACUAUCUAAAGGUCGUAUAGACGUUUACAAGUCUGCCAAACAUAGUUGGCUUUCAAUUUCUCUAGAAGGCAGUAGUCUCACAUUUUGGAUAUAGAAUAUCUAUAAAAUUAGACUAAAAUUAAUCCCAUUUUCUUUGCAUUAAAGUUGUAGAUCCUACUUCUGAUACUUCCUAAAGUUUCAGUUAAGCGAUUUAAAUAGACAGAAUACAACUUUGUUGCAUAGAUAAUGGGGUAUUUUAAAAUAAACUGCGAGAGUUAUUUAACUUACCGUUUUCAGAGUUAUCCGAUAUAAUAAUAUAAUGAUUGAAGUAUAAGUUAAUAGAUGGAUGAAAGUUUUAUUGGUAUCAGUGAGUCGAUCUCAAGAUGUAAAUAUAGGUUUCGGAGAUCGUCCUAUUAGUAUAUUUUUUCCCCAUUGGUUUAUUUUUCUUUUUUUUUAUGCAACAAUAAUGAAUUUUAACUAUUUUAGAGUGAACGGUGACAGUGAAUUGUGCGUUUUCUAUGACGUCAUGUCAACUUGCACAUAACAGAACGGUCCGAAAACGUGCAGUUAUAUACCUAUAUACAAAUAAGAUAUAUAAUGAGUUACCUUAUAAAGUUAUUUACAGAGAAAGCGUAUUUUUCAUCUCGCUAGAUGCGAGAUGAAAAAUACGCUUUAUCUUCUAGUGUGGAAAGUUGAUUCAAUAUUAAAAGGUUUUUUGGCAAAUCACGGUAGAUAGAGGUUAAAAAUAAUUUUAAAUUGGUAGUAACUAUUCUGUACUUUAGUCCGAAUGCUAUAUAGCGCUGAAUAAUUAAUACAUUUCGAUGAUACUUCUUGAUAUGUAAGGAGCAUUUUUCUCGUCGUGAGAUGAAAAGCUGUGUGUGUUGUACACGAUUGCAUAAUUGUUACACUGGACCCCCGGUAAUCAGACAAACGUAUCAGUGUCGGACUAUCAAAUUUGUCGCAUUAUAGAGAACUACGAUGAUAUUAGCACUAGGAUUCUACAAAUUAUAAUGUAUACACCAAGCGAUAUAUAGGACAUCAAAAGGGUUGCAGGGAGUCGUUGGGUGCUGGCGAUUCGAGACCGCGGUGUUUGGAAGUCUAUACAAAAGGCCUAAGUAGACGAUUUUUCGGCUUUCGACGCCUCCGCAGUGGUAUGCGCAGUGGAUUUACAAGACGGAGGUCCUGGGUUCGAUCCCCGGUUGGGCUGAUUGAGGUUUUCUUAAUUGGUCCAGGUCUGGCUGGUGGGAGGCUUCGGCCGUGACUGGUUACCACCCUACCGACAAAGACGUAUCGCCAAGCGAUUUAGCGUUCCGGUACGAUAUCGUGUAGAAACCGAAAGGGGUGUGGAUGGUCAUCCUACUCCUAACAAGUUAGUCCGCUUCCAUCUUAGAUUGCAUCAUCACUUACCAUCAGGUGAGAUUGUAGUCAAGGGCUAACUUGUAAAGAAUGAAAAGAAUGAAAUGAUGAUAUUAUACCCACAUUAGUGAAAAUUUGUAGAGUGUCGGAUUACAGGGGGCGCCGAAAUAGACAGGGGCCGGAUUACAGCUGGUAAAAACACUUCGUGCCUUUAAAUCCCUCGCUACGGUCUUAUCGCGGCAAAUAAUAAUUUUGAACCCUUAGCGUAAUAAACAAUUAUGAAUUCUCUAAUGUUAAUAUAUAAUAUGAAUUCUUUAAUAUAUAAUAUGCACGUCUUCGCUCCAUUUUCUGGUUCAAGACACGUUGUUUUAGUUACUAGUAAAUGAUUGGAAUGUGAACUAUUUUUUUUUUCUUUUUUUUUAAUCAUUUAAGUGCUUUAAGUUAGUGAUUUUGUUGAGCAUAUUUUAAUUGUUCCAGAUAAAUGUAUUUUAAGUUUUUUCUUUAUUCUUAACGUGGUCUUUAUUUAAUUGUAUUAUGUAUGUAUUUGUUAUUUUUUUGCACAUUGAUAGAUGCGGAAUUUAUUUCUACUUGUGUAUAUGUCAAUUUUAUGCAAUAAAAGAAAAAGUGACUAUCUAUGGUCGUAAUCAAUUUAUAUCUUAUGGAUACUGCUGUUAUGAUAUUAGUAUUGUUUGCGGUUGAUAUAUAUCAUUGCAAUUAAAGGGUGUUUUGGAAAAUGCCAUCAAUGUAAUUUUUUUCCAAAAUUUUAUGAAAGUGAUUUUAGUAAUUUUUUUUUUCAUUCAUCAAUUUUACAAGCAAAGGUUGUAACAAAAGGUUGGUGUAAUUAUAAUUUUGAAGCUAGUGGCAAAUUCAUUGAAGAGAUUCUCAAAUUUCAAGAUUCAAAUUAUUUAGGCCGGGUUCCCACCACAACUGGGAGAUUUGCCGGACCCGGACAGCUGGAAGUGCUAGUGGCUGCAAAAUUUUUAUGAAGCUAUCCCGGAUCCGGCAAAAAUACCAAGCCGGACAUUUAUGCCGGACCUGCACAGCAGGCUUAUUCACUGUCUUUGACGUACGGCAGAUUGAGAUUCUAUGUAACUAAUGUCAUCCGGUACUUACUGGUGUAUGUCACGCAGCAGGUAAAUGGCAUUUUGUCAAUUUAUUUGUUGUUUAUUUUAAUAGGUUGAUAAUAAAGACCAAAAUAGUGAAUAGGUCAGCAGAUCUAAAUUCAAAAUUAUAAUUUACGAUUUUCUUGUAGGAUCCGGUGUAAUAUGAACACCUUUGUCUGGUGUCCGGUUUAUGGCAAAUCUGCCGUUUGUAGUGGGAAGCUGACCUUAUUUUUUCUCGGUUUGCCACCCUAUUGCAACGCUAGACUUUUAAAAUAUUUGGUUUUAGUCAUUACUGUGUUGGCCCUUCGGUUAAGUUAUUUUGUAUUUUUUUUUGCAUAUAAAUCGGUACAUUGCUCGUUUGGGUAAAACUACACGUUUUGCACAUCCAGUGCCCCCAUGUCUGAUAAGUAGGUAUGAAGCGAUUUAGGUUUUAUGUAUUUAUAAUUUGUCUCUCCGAUACCUACAUUAUGUGGAGGGCAUGUAAAAUAGAUUUUAUUCAUUAUAUUAAUAUUAUUACUUUAAUUUUCUUUGUAUUGUACAGUAAACACUUGAUGGUGUUAAUAAAAGAGUACACUUAA